GGGGCUGGCGGCGGCGCGGCGGUCGGGAGGCGCGCGCCUCGGUCCUCUCCACCUGCUGGGCGAGCGCACGGGCCAUGGGCGGCCAUGGGCGACCGCGAGCGCAACAAGAAGCGGCUGCUGGAGCUGCUGCAGGCGGCGGGCACCGGCAACGCGCAGUGCGCCGACUGCGGGGCGGCGGAUCCCGACUGGGCCUCUUACAAGCUGGGCAUCUUCAUCUGUCUGAACUGCUCCGGCGUCCACCGCAACUUCCCAGACAUCAGCAGAGUUAAAUCCGUGAGACUUGACUUCUGGGACGACAGCAUUGUGGAGUUUAUGACCCACAACGGGAACCUCCGUGUGAAGGCCAAGUACGAAGCCAGAGUCCCUGCUUUCUACUAUAUCCCCCAGGCCAACGACUGCCUGGUCUUAAAGGAACAGUGGAUUCGAGCUAAGUACGAGAGACAGGAAUUCAUGGCUGAUGGGAAGACGAUCUCACCGCCAGGUAACCGAGAAGGGUUCCUGUGGAAGCGGGGAAGGGACAACGCGCAGUUCCUGAGAAGGAGGUUUGUCCUCCUGGCAAGGGAAGGCCUCCUGAAGUACUACACUAAAGAAGAGGGUAAAGGCCCCAAAGCUGUCAUCAGCAUCAAGGACUUGAAUGCCACCUUCCAGACAGAGAAGAUAGGGAACCCCCACGGGCUGCAGAUCACCUACAGCAGAGAGGGUCACAUCAGGAACCUGUUUGUGUAUCACGAGAGUGGGAAGGAGAUAGUGGACUGGUUCAAUGCCCUCCGUGCAGCCCGUCUGCAAUACCUAAAAACGGCCUUUCCUGAACUCCCAGAGUCUGAGCUCGUGCCCCUCAUCACCAGGAACUACCUCAAACAAGGCUUCAUGGAAAAGACUGGCCCAAAGCAGAGAGAACCUUUCAAGAAAAGGUGGUUCGCCCUGGAUCCCCAGGAACGGAGGCUGCUCUAUUACAAGAACCCACUGGACGCCUUUGAGCAAGGCCAGGUUUUUCUCGGGAGGAACGAGCAGGGGUACCAGGUAUAUGAAGACCUGCCCAAGGGCAUCCGAGGGAAUCGCUGGAAAGCUGGCCUCACCAUCGUCACCCCGGAGCGGAGAUUCAUCUUCACCUGCCCCAGCGAGAAGGAGCAGCGGGAAUGGCUGGAGAGUUUCCGGGAUGUCCUCUCCCGCCCCUUCACACCCCUCAACAUCCUCACUGCAUCAACAGAGAGUGGCUGCAGCAGCAGGUGACCCACUGGCCGAGGAGCUGGCUGGCCACCGGCCACCUGGAGCUCCUGGCAGGAAGGAGAAGUUCUCGCCUUGGCCUCGGUUGCCCAGCAGGAGUGCCCCACAGUCAGCAGCCAUUGCUGGCAGUGAACUCUGCCAAGACCAAAGCUGUGGCCUUUACCAACCGGCUCCCUGGGCCUCUCUACUGCCCAGCCCUGAGGGUCUGGGGAUCUGGUACAUGUCCUCAAGGCCCAGGACAUCUGAAAUGAGGGCGCUGUGAUGGAAAGGCACCCACAGCAUCAUGCAAGUGGCAUGCUUGCUCAAAAAGAAAAGAAAAGUUUAAUCUGAAUCUAACCAUGAGGACAUAAUAAGACAAACCCACCUUGGGGACAUUCUUUAAAACAACCAGCCUGGACUCUUCAAAAAUGUCAAUAACGUGAAAGAUAAAGUAGCAUGGAAACUGUUCUGGAUUAAAGGUGGCCAAAGAGACAGCAACAUGCAAUUCAUGAUUCUCAAUUGGAUCCUGGAUUUUAAAAAAACAGCUAUAAAGGACAUAUGAGAUAACGGGGGAAAUUUGAAUAUGAGUGUACAUGAACUAAUAACAUUGUAUGAUUGUGAUAAUUAUGCUGUAGUUGUGUGGGAGAACGCUCUGGUUCUUAGGGGACACGUGCCGAAGCGUUCAGGGGUAAAAUGUAGUAAUUUUCAGUCUGCAGUGACAACUGACUCUUAAAUGGUUCAGCAAAUAAAUGUAUGUGUACAUGUCUAUAUAUAUAGAGUGUACACAUAUGUACAUACAGAGAGCGUCUGGAUAAAUAUGGAAGACAGAAAGUAUAUAUAUAUAUAUGCAUAUGUAUACAGGGAGAGGAAGAGAAAAAAAAAGACCACUGUGCAAUGCAAAAUGUUAGCAGCUGAUAAAUCAAGAUAAAGUGUAAAUGAGUAUUGUCCUAUUCAGGCAGGUUUUCCAUAGAUUUGAAAGUGUCCAAAUUAAAAAGGUGCGAGAAAAUCUUUUU